AAUAAGGAGUGAUUGCAUCAAAAUUGAAGGGAUUGUGGAUUUAUCGUUUCUGAGUUCAUAAACAUUUUGCAAAUACAUUAGCAGUGAAUAAAAAGUUGUUUGGAGUUGCAUGUAUGUGUUCCACUAUGUGCUCAGACACCCUGGAGUGUAUGUCACUUCUGUCCCACAUCUUCUAUUUCAAAAGAAGAAUAUCCUCUCCUAUCCUGCUCCCAGUGAAAACAACUCUCACUCCUGUUCUGAUCCCACUCAGACUGACUUCCACUCCUGAUCCACUUCCAUUUUGAAGCUGGGCGGUGGCUGCCAUGGCAACUGCUGAAUCAUCCUCCCCAGUCAGCGGCAGUCUUCUUAUUCCAUUUUGGUUAGUAAGGCCUUGCAUCAUCCGGGAAAAUUAAUCUUGCUCCUUCCAUUAGCUUUAUUAGCUUUCGAACAACAGGGGGUAGGGCCGUUUAGUCUUGGGAAGUGAGGAAGCACAAGCAGCAGGCCUUCCAAUGGGAAACCUACCCACAUCGGUGAAGCACUGCCUGAGCUAUGACCAACUCAUCCAGGACUAUCCGUGGCUGAGACGCUGGCUGCUGGAGCAAGCAGAGACUGCUUCUGAGUAUCCAGAGAGUGUGAAAAUAGUUGAAGUUGGGCCCAGAGAUGGACUCCAAAAUGAAAAGGAAAUUCUUCCGACAGGAGUUAAAAUCCAGCUGAUAGACAUGCUAUCGGGAUCAGGCCUGCGUGUGAUCGAAGCCACCAGUUUCGUCUCUUCAAAGUGGGUACCGCAGAUGGCCGACCACACUGAGGUUCUCAGAGGAAUCAAGAGAGCGCCUCAUGUUCAGUACCCGGUAUUAACACCCAACAUGCAAGGCUUUCAGGACGCUGUUGCAGCCGGCGUUACUGAAGUGGCAGUGUUUGGCUCCGCGUCUGAGACCUUCAGCUUGAAAAACAUAAAUUGCUCUAUUGAUGAAAGCAUGCGAAGGUUUGACGAGGUUGUCAAGGGUGCCAAAGCGAAAAUGAUUCCAGUCCGUGGGUACGUUUCCUGUGCCCUUGGAUGCCCGUACGAAGGACAGAUUGAUCCAUCCAGAGUUGCCGAGGUAGCCAAGAGAUUGUAUGAGAUGGGAUGCUACGAGGUCUCCGUGGGGGACACCAUUGGCGUGGGCACUCCAGGGUCCAUGCGUAAAAUGCUGCAGUGUGUCAUGAAGGAGGUUCCGGCCAGCGUUCUUGCAGUUCACUGCCAUGACACAUACGGUCAAGCCUUGCCAAACAUCCUUACCGCACUUCAGAUGGGAGUGCGCGUGGUGGACUCAGCAGUGGCUGGCCUGGGUGGUUGCCCGUACGCUCAGGGUUCAUCUGGCAAUGUGUCAACGGAGGAUGUUCUCUACAUGCUCCACGGCAUGGGCAUCCACACUGGGGUAAACCUGGCCAAAGUCCUGGAGGCAGGUGACUUCAUCUGUACUGCUUUGCAGCGCAAGACAAACUCCAAAGUUGCUCAGGCACGAAGCGGGAUGCCGUGAUUUUGAUGAUUGUUUUGGCCCCCCUCACCCCCAAAAAACAAAAAUCAACUCAACUUGAUGAUGAGAGCUUUUCCGGUUUUGACUGUCUUUGCAUUCUCUGUGUAAGGCAAUUGUACUGCAAUGAGUUAGGAAUGUGUCUGACAUUUAAAGUAUGUCUAAUUUAAAUAAGCUGACCCCAUUAAUACUAACUCAUUAUCAGGAUCAGAAUUGGAAUUCUGCUUUGCAAUCUAAAAUGAUCUACAGAAGAAGGCAUACUUACAUAUAGUGAGUGGCCUUUUUUAGCGGCUUGCAGUCAUCUGCUCAUUUGAUAUCUCACUUACAUUCAUAUCACUAAUGAUCCCAGCAGAUGGAUAUAGUGCCUCGUUAUUUUUCACCAUUAUAGGCUCGUAAAAUAAGAAUGUAUUAUAUCUGCCAUAUAUGUUUUGAAAGCUUUGGUGAAAAAGGCUACCUUCCAAUAUUUUGCAAUAUGAACAGGAAUUUAGAUUCUGAUUCUGCAGAAUUUAUCCUCAGGAUUAGCAAAAUUACUUUAAAUGUCAUGAUUUCGUUUUUGUCAUGCGAAUACUGUAUAACAAUACCUGCAGACUGAAUAAAGGUAGCAGAUGCCAAUAAAGUGAGCUCACCAACCUUUC